UACGCGCCGGAAGGAAAACGUGAUCAGAGAAAGAAACACGCAAGCUUGCGAGCUAAACUAGCAAAAAGUUCCGUCCAAAGUUUUUGUUCGUGUGAAUGCGCGAAUUUUAAUAUUUUGGAACGAGUUUGUUUAUUUUCUCCACGCACGGUUACCUAGGCAACGUCAUGUCGUAAAUGUGGAUCUCCGCACCCUAACACACACAAAAACAGCGACAUGUACAUCCAUCUUCACCCAGUGAGCGCCUGAGGGUCCGUAACCAUGGCGAAGCAGUUUACCAUUGACGAUGCCUUCUCAUUGGAGGGGGAGGAGGACGGGGCGGGGCCAGAGGGGGAUUUGGACGGAUGGAAGGAAAGAGAGAGGGAUCGUGAUGGAGAGAUGACGUUCGGCCCCCUGACUUUCUCCAAACCGCAGAGUCUUCCCUCCUCCUCCAACGGAACGAUGGAUCACAGCAACCUCAAAUACCAGAACCUGGAGAAUGAAGAGGUCUUGGGCAGUCCUGUAAACUCCACCUUCAACAACCUUUUUAAAAUCAGUGAUCCAGCCACGCUGUCUUACUGCAGCUCCCAGUGGUCAUUCAGCACACUCAGCUCCGUUACACAGCUCUCUGCACACUGCUGCGGGUGGACGUCUCAUCCUUUAAUAAAAAAGAACAGAAGAGUGGUGCUCGCCUCGUUCCUCCUCCUCAUCACUGGAGUUGCUCUGAUUUUUACAGGCAUUGUCCUCGAGUUAAACCCACACGCAGAGGUUUCAAGUGCAAUUUUCUUUGUAUCUGGAUUUCUUCUCUUCAUUCCCGGUGUUUACCACGUGAUCUACAUAAGCUGUGCUGUUAGAGGGCAAAGGGGAUUCAAGUUCUUUUACCUGCCGUACUUUGAGAAAUAGUGACUCUCUCUCUCUCUCUCUCUCUCUCUCUCUCUCUCUCUCUUUAUUUUUUUUUACGUUUUCAAUCACAAAAUACAGAAAUGAGAUGAAGCUCUAUAGGUAAUGCUUUAUAAUAAGAUUCCCUUCAUUAACAUUUAAUGAACAAAUCAUCAGUGUGAACAGUAAUAUAGCGUUAAUAAUAGUCACGUAAUCAACACUUGUAUCAAUUUGAUUGUUUACACGGUAAGGUUUAUUCCAUUUAGAUAAGAUAAUGUUUUACGAAAUGUUUGCGCUCGUUAAUUUGUGGAAAUCUAGCUUUUAAUCCCGCUGACCCGAGUUCGGCCGAUCGAUAUUUUAGCAUUUAUUUCUGUUGUGCGGAUUGAUAUCGAGUUAUCGAUGGAGUAUGCAAGAAAAAAAAACACUCCGUGUUGUGCUGUUAGGGGAAAAUGAUCGACAUCUGGGUGGUGCGGUGCGGUGCGGUGCGGAGCUACUGUUACCACCCUGCAAAAUAAUUGAUUAAUUUCCUAUAACCGCACAUCCUGACGUGAUUUAUUCCUCUUAUCCCACAGCAAUUUGCCAAUUAUUACAAUGUUACAAUUACAAUUACAGCA